AUGCUCUCGACUCUGGAGAACGAUGACUUGACUCUUGGUGUUGAAACCACGGCAGCAGACACUCAUGAUGAAUUGACAAUAAGUCUCAGAUCGGUUAUGAAUCUGACGACGGACCUUACAAAAGAUGAGGAUGGUGAGGCCAGUAUGAAAAAUGAUGAGGCCAGGAUGAAGGAUGAUGGAGAUAGGAUGAAGGAUGAGAAUGUUGAGGCCAGGAUGAAGGAUGGGAAUGUUGAGGCCGGAAUGAAGGAUGAGGAUGUUGAGGCCGGAAUGAAGGAUGAGGAUGUUGAGGCCAGGAUGAAGGAUGGGAAUGUUGAGGCCGGAAUGAAGGAUGAGGAUGUUGAGGCCAGGAUGAAGGACGAAGAUGAUGAGGCCAGGAUGACGGAUGCAGAUGUUGAGGCCAGGAUGAAGGAGGAAGACGAAAUCAAGAAUGACCUAUCAAAAGUGACAUCCUUAGAGGAACUGCUGCAGAUUGUGGCACCCCACGGUCGCUGGCACUUCUUCAUCAUAACCUUAUGUGCAUUCAAUGGAUUUGUCGGUCCGUGGAGCGCCAUGACGUACCAGUUCUUGGGUGCCACUCCUGAUUACUGGUGCCUCGUAGCUCCUCUGGUGGAGGCCAACUGGACCCAGGAGCAGAUCUUCAACCUUGCCAUACCCACCAA